CAACCACUUUACUUAGCGUUUGUCGACUAUGAGAAAGUCUUCGAUUCGGUGGAAACCUGGGCUGUAUUAAGGUCUUUACAGAGAUGCCGAAUCAACUAUAGGUACAUUCAAGUGUUGAAGUAUUUGUACGAAAACGCCACUAUGUCAGUUCGUAUACACUUUACGUACAUACAGGAGGAGUAGGUAUACCUUCGAGUAAUCUAUGUACAUACAUAAAAACAAAAACAUUCCGAUCAACUUGAGAACAUCCUCUUUUUAAAGUCGGUUAGUAAAAUAAAGUAACCAAUACGAGAAUUCUUUUUGAUUUCCAGUUAGCUAUGUGAGCGCUACAAUGAUCGUUAUGUACACUUGGCCAUCCUUCACUCUCAAACUGUUCGCGUCUGCCAACACAACACUCGACCGACCUAUGACGGAGACUGAAUUAUCACUGUUAGGAAGCAUAUCGUCUAUAAGCGCUAUAAUGAUAACCCCAUUCUCUGGACUUCUGCUGGACACUCUUGGACGAAAGUGGUGCUGCAUUGUCUUUUACAUGGCACAACUGAUUGGCUGGGUAAUCAUCGUCACAUGGAACAAAGUAGAAGCCGUGUUGUUCUCCAUGUUUCUAUCUGGCCUCAGCACAUGCAUGAUGCUCGUCAUCCCAAUCUACGUCAGCGAAUACUGCCAAGAAUCCAUCCGUGGGUCAAUGACCUCAGCAUCUAUGAUCUUCGGUACCGGCAUGUUACUGUCGUAUUUGUUGGGAGGACUUUUGGAAUAUAAAGUGAUGAAUUAUGUCAGUCUGACCUUGACAGCUCUGGGAAUAGUGAUGUUCAGUUUUAUGAAAGAAUCACCGUUAUUUUUGAUGCAAAAAGGACGCGAGAGGGAAGCAGCGAGAUCUAUAGCAUUUUACAGAGGUAUGAAGACUAGUUCUAAAGAAGUGAUCCAAGAAAUAGAAAAUAUCAGGCGAACUCUAAAUCCCAACAUUGAAGGCGAUAUUACUCCUCAAGAGGAAAAGGAAUUAAAUCCCGAGGCACCAAAAAAGAAACUGCCGCAGUGGAAAUACCUAUUGAAAUCCCGCUCAUCUCGACGAGCUCUAUUGGUUUCAAUUAUGCUGUACUCUUUAAGCAUUUUCCAAGGAAUGGUUGUAGUGCAAGUAUACGCCGAGCCGUUGUUUGAAAAAGCCGUGCCGAGUAUGUCGGCGAUGGUGUCGAGCAUUCUGUUCGCUAUCGUGUCGGUGGUAGCUGGGUUCUUCGGAGCUUACCUCAUUGACGCUAUUGGAAGACGUCCUCUUAUGAUAUACGGAUCCCUGGCGACCGGCGUGUGCUGUAUUAUCCUCGGCUCACAAAUCCACCUCGACUGGGGUCCGAGCUGGUUAACCGCAGUGAUCAUGCACGUCUAUUGCGUCGCUUAUAUAGUUGGUCCGGGGACGGUGCCUUAUGUCAUAGUCGCUGAAAUUUAUUUACCUGAGAUUAAGAGCUUAGCGUCCAUGUUGUCGGUAGAGUGGGCUUUUACCUGCAACUUUGUGAUUCUGUUCAUCUUCAAUCCUCUACUCGAUGCUGUCGGUCUGGGUCCUGUGUUCUACUUCUUCGCACUUUUCUGCUUCCUCACUAUCGCCUUCUGUUACUACUACUUGCCGGAGACGAAGGGCCUGCCAGUAGACGCGAUACAACUACUAUUUCUGAAGAGAGCUGAUUUAAAAUAAGACAAUAAUUUAAAAAAAAAUAAAAGAAAUACCUUUUUUAA